AUGCCGCUGCAGACGCGCUGGCCCGAGGGCGCCGAAGAGGAGGAGGAGGGGCCGGCCCCGCUGGAGCACAAGGGGCUGUGCGUGGCCGCCGGUGCGCGCCCGCGCAGCCUCUACCUGCCGGGGGACGGCUCGCUCGAGGAUAUAUUAGCCUCCGGGCAGUGCGCGCGCCAGUCGCUCGACGACUACACCGGCGUCCGGGCCGUGAUGGAGGAACUGUACAGCUACCCCAGGAACCACCACCCCUACCACCGCGCAGAGGCGACGACCGGCAGCGCGAGCAGCGACAGCGACUCGCCACCCGGCGUCGAGGACUCCGAUCACCGGAAACUCGGCACCGUGGCCGGCUUCUCCACCUGCUUCGCCGUCGGCAGUCUGUCAGACCCGACAGUGCGCGAGGUCUACCGCGCUGCUGCUCACCCCGGAAGAAUCGCAGAUGUGUCCGAAUACACUCGACCAGCUACUGCCGACUACCGAGAGGCCUACGGCUACAACCUGUACGAGUCGCUGCAGUUUAUAGACAAGGACCAGUCGUGGAAAGAAGCUCACGCGUACCCGGCUAUAGCCGACGGCCGACGUGGGCCUCACUGCUACCUGGACGCGGCCGUGCAGACUUCCGACGAAGAGGGUUCCGUGCCGUCGGAUGACUCGCGCAACCGAUCGGACCAAUCUUCUUCGAACGGGUCGAACCAGUCACUGGAGUUCCCGGAAAACGAUCACUCCGGCGACGGUGCUCCUCACACGCUACGUCCGUGGUUUCACGACAACCCGAUGAUGAGCAUAAUACACGAGGAAGAGGGCGAGUCCAACGAAAAUCUCAGUUCACAUUCGAGUCACAGGUCGCACAGUUCUGUCGAAGUACCGGUGGGCGAAAAGCGGGAGACGGUGAAGCAAGAGUCCGCUGCGCUGUACGAAGAAGUGAAAAGUCCUCGAGUUUACGAAAACAACGUGCAAUCUGAAACUCCAAACGACGAGAAGAAGUACCCCCUACCGCUGGAUAAGCUCACAUCAACAGGAGAUGAGGAAGCUGCCUCCAACGGCCGAUACUUCUGCCUGGUGUCCACGCCACCUCCACAGGAACCAGCCUGUGGUCCAGAAGACAGCUGUGCAGAUGAAGUUUGCACAUGUACAGAUGAGUCUUUGGAUUCAGGUGUUCAAGAAGAUCUAACUCCUGUGAGGAAAAGCCCACAUAUGGUGCUCUCAUCUGGCUCCUUCAGACAGGAAGAUGGACCUGAGGCUUUCAACCAUGUUGAAGAGAUGCUUAUAUCAGAAGGAUGCUGCAUGAGAUUAGAUUCUUGCCAUGUACAAGUUAUUAUUGCUGUUGACUUGGGCACUGCAUACAGUGGAUAUGCAUUUAGCUUCAGGUCAGAUCCUACCAAACGAAUCCACAUCAUGCGACGUCCACAAGGUGGUGAUGCAGGAAUUAGUAACCAUAAGAUACCAACAACACUUCUCCUUACUCCUAAAGAAGAAUUUCAUUCAUUUGGUUUCAUGGCAAGAGACUUCUUUCAUGACCUAGAUGCACAGGAAGCAAAAAGAUGGUUAUAUUUUGAUAAAUUCAAGAUGGUCCUUCACAACAAUCAGAAAAUAGAUCGCUCCACUAUGGUGAAAGCUGCUAAUGGAAGGUAUGUAUCCGCUCUGACUGUCUUAUCACAUGCCUUGCGUUAUCUUGGAGGUGAGGCCCUGAGGGAGGUUGAACGACAGCAGCCAGGCAUUGAAAUGUCGCAACAGUCAGUUCGCUGGGUUCUCACAGUUCCUGCACUUUGGCAACCACCCGCAAGGCAGCUCCUCAGGGAAGCUGCUGGUCUGGCAAAUAUCUAUGACAAAGAACAUCCAGAGAGUCUUAUCAUUGCACUAGAACCAGAAGCAGCAUCUAUAUAUUGCAGGACACAGAAACUGCAUCAUGUUGAAAUAUCCUCAGAUCUGCCUCUUUUUGAAGAACUUGAGGAUUCAGGCACCCGUUACAUGGUGGUGGAUUGUGGAGGGGGUACUGUGGACAUCACUGUACAUGAACUGUCUUCAAGUCGAGGGACUUUGCGUGAGCUGCACAGAGCUACUGGUGGUCCAUGGGGAUCCAUAGGAAUUGAUCGUGCAUUUGAAGCUUUGUUGGAUGAAGUAUUUGGUGAGGAGUUUAUGGAACAGUUCAAACUGAAAAGGCCAGCAGCUUUUGUGGAACUGAUGGUCAGUUUUGAGGCACGAAAGCGUGUGGCGAGCCCUUACAGAGAAACUCCAUUUAACAUAUUCCCACCUUUCUCCUUUAUUGAUUAUUACAGGAAGUACAAAGGAAAAGAGAUUGAUCAUGCAAUCAAGAAGUGUGGAAGAAAAGACAUAAGCUGGUCAUCACAAGGAAUGCUAAGAAUAAAUGCUAGCCUCAUGAGAGAGCUGUUUCAGCCAACUGUCUCUAAUAUUCUCAAGUACAUUCAAGAUGUAUUUGACAAGUCAACUGUGAGUGAAAUAAAAUAUUUAUUUCUUGUUGGAGGAUUUGCUGAAUCACCAAUUUUGCAGAACGAAGUGCAACAGUCUUUUGGAAGCAAAGUUCAUAUCAUCAUACCUCAGGAAAUGGGACUUUCGAUUUUGAAAGGAGCUGUUUUGUUUGGGAUGAAUCCAGAAGUAAUUACAGUCAGAUAUUCAAAGCAGACAUAUGCAAUAGGUGUGCUGAAGCCAUUUAUACCAGGAGUACAUCGGAAAGAAAAACUCAUUGAGAAGGAUGGUGUCCGUUGGUGUGCUGAUGUACUGGACAAGUUUGUAGAAGCAGAGCAGCCCCUCAACAUUGGAGAAGCAGUUGUUCGACGCUAUACUCCUGCUAAAUCUGACCAGUCUUCAGCAGUAAUUAAUAUUUAUUGUGUAGAUUCAGAAGAUGCAAAGUAUGUGACAGAGCCAGGUGUGAGACGAUGUGGAACACUGAAACUUGAUCUUUCACACACGGAGAGACCUGCAAGAGAAAUUCAGAUUUGCAUGGUGUUUGGAGGAACUGAAGUAACUGCUAGUGCAACAGAUAUUGCUUCUGGGAAUCGUGUUGACAUUCAGGUUGACUUUCUGUCAAGCAGCUGAUAGCUUGUCUCACUCUAUUAUACAAGACUGUUUUUGAGUCAGUGUUUUUGCCUGUAAUUAUUAUGAUUGCACUGUGUAAAGGUAGUCACAUAAUGUGGAUGUACUUCCAUGUAAUCCUGCCAUGAAAGUUUGCUAUUGAUCUCAUGUGACAAUACCUUUAACAGCAAAAAUGUACUAACUCCUUUUAGAAAGUAAAUAAUUUAAUUUUCAUGCCUGAAUCUUCA